GUUAAUCAUGAUAUCCACUAGGCCUAGAGGGAACGACUAAAUUACCAUUCAAAUUCUAACUUUUUGGUUACGGAACCUCCCUCGUCUGUAGUAGGCCUGCCUUCGACGUUACGUUAGGCCUGGGCCUGACUGACUGCAUUUAUCCAGGAUCAUGAAUUUUUGACAUGAUUGUUUACGGAUCAAAAAGUUGGAAAAGGCUUUGAAGGGUGGAUCGUAAAAUGAGUGGCAUUGCAGAUCACCCCCUUGCAGAUCGUCUUGUUAGAGAAUACAGCCAACAAGAUGCCUUGGUAGUUGAGGAUGUGGUUACUAAUGGCAACGGUGAUCAAGAGAUUCGAAGUAGAAGUACCUCAACAUCUUAUAAAGAGGAGUGGCAGUGGUUGUUUGAACGUGAUGACUACUUGAGGGUGAUACGUUGUGAGGGUGUUCGAGGUCGGCUAAGAAGUAGCAGAUUCCGAAGCGUAUGUUGGAAGGUCUACCUAGAGUGUCUACCUCACGACAAGUCGCAGUGGUUAACAGCAGUGCGCAAAUGGCGUUCAGAAUAUGAAGAAUUACGUGAAAAGCAUGUGACAAACCCACAUAACAAAAAUGGUGGUAUUCACUCCCCAGAUCCAGUUUUACAUCAUCCCCUAUCACAAGAGAAAGAUAGUGUCUGGAAUAAGUACUUUGAAGAUACCGAGCUUCGGCAGCUGAUAAAGCAGGAUGUGAUGAGAACUUUUCCCGAGAUCCAGUUCUUUCAGUCGGAGGAUGUGCGGAGCAUGAUGAUUGACAUGUUGUUCUGCUAUGCAAGGGAACAUCAAAGCAUAUGUUAUAAGCAGGGCAUGCAUGAAUUACUUGCGCCAAUGAUAUUUGUUCUACAUUGUGAUCAUCAAGCAUUCAUCCAUGCACAGGAGAUUGAAUCGCAGCUGGUUUCAGGGUAUAGCAAAAGAGAUGAUGUUACAGAAGUAUUGGACCCAGCCUAUAUAGAGCAUGAUGCAUAUUGUAUGUUUACCCAGUUGAUGGAGACGAUGGAGCCGUCUUACCGUCACGGACGAGAUGAAUUUAUGUCACGGGCAAAGCACAAAUUUGAUAAGCCUCUGUUCAAAAAGUCGGAUGAGUGUGCGACAUCUACGCCCAUUGUGCUACGUUUGACACGGGUACAGGAAGUGAUCCUAAAGCAACAGGAUUUCCAAUUGUAUCAGCAUCUCAGUCGAUUGGAGAUUAAACCUCAAAUUUAUGGCAUACGAUGGGUACGGUUAUUAUUUGGACGAGAAGUCAUACUCCAGGAUCUGCUAGUAUUAUGGGAUGCCAUUUUUAGUGAUAGUGCAACUUUAGAUUUAGUGGAUUAUAUAUUUGUGGCAAUGCUUAUUCUUGUUCGAGAAUUGUUAAUUACUAGUGACUAUGCUAAGUGUAUGACGAUACUAAUGAGGUUUCCUCCAGUUGGCGAUGUUCAUUUUCUUAUCAACAAGGCAUUGCAUCUACGUGAUCCAACAAAAUAUGCUCGACCAUCUAACUACCAAUUUCAGGUGCUUUCAACUCUUCAGGGCAAUCGGGCAACUAGCCAGAACGGCAAGCAAAUUCAAAACCUUAAAAAUAAGACAACAGCUGUUGUAACAUCGGGUUUUAACAGUCUAAAACGUAUAACAGCAAAGGGCAGAGUUGGUGAAAAUAGGAAAUUCCAAAAGGCUAAAAGUGAUCCAACUGACCUCACAGAAGGCACUCCACAUCCUCUUGGCGGUCCAUCUGAUGGUAUAGCGGUCACUACCCGGCCACUCAACACUGCCAAACCUACAUCAACAAAGGGAGGAGCAUCUACCAACCCAACGCCAAUGAACUCCCUCACACCUGCCGGCACACCAGUUGAUGACACUCCGAAACCUAUAGCGAAGUCAACUCCACCAUUGAAAAUUAAAAGCAAGAAGAACCAUACUAGGGAGGAGUAUGACGAAUUAGAUCAACAAGUAAGACACCUUCAGGGGCGACUUAAUGAUAUGCAUGCGCUACGGCGGUACUGUGCCAGUAAAAUGGAAGCCCACCUCAUGCAAAUGCAGGAUGAGUUACUUAAACAUGGCAAUGAUGGUACAGAAGAUGAGCUAUUAUUGUCUAUUGCUGGACUAAAACAGGUGAAGGACAUUUUAAAUGGUACGCUCCGAUUCUCUCAAGGCAUCACUGAUGAUGAGGAAGUCGAAAUCAAUAUCAACGAGAAUCAUUAUGGCGGGCCAAGUCACCGGUUAAAAUCAGUCAAGCACACAGACGAGUCGCGUGAAACAUCUGUAGAAGAUAAAAAUGGGAAUGACAAUGUUGAAUAUGCGUCAUCAAAUACGGACGAUCAAAUGAGUCUAAACUCUAAUCAGAACUCCAGUACGAGUCCUCCAUGUUUUACUGAAGAUGGCGUGAUUAGUAAAAGCGAUUCAGACGAAGAUGAAGAUUCAGAACCGGUGAAUAUUGACGACCUUGGUGAUGAUGACGGUGUUGAGAUCAUAGGAGGAAUUUUAUCAUUUGAAGAUGACAUUGCAUCUUCUAGAAGUGAUGCAACUAAUAUUGAAAGAACUAUUCAACGCAAUUAAUGAAAGUAGAUACAUAUCAAUGCAUAUUCAGAAUAUAAUGCUAUUCUAACAGAUUAUUAUAUAUUAUAUUAUAUUAUAUUGUUUGUAAAUGUUUUACUAUAUCUUCAUGUGCUAGCAUCCCACCCCUGUACUAUUAUUAUUUCUACCACCAAAUUUUAUCUAUAUGACGGUUGGCAUAGAGGUUUAAUUUUUGGGCUCUUGAUGUUGAGGUUAGAACACUUGUUUGUGUCCUUGUCUCGUUUUACCCCGGAAUUUAAAACAGUGGCACCACAAAAGGGCUGGAGGCCCCAUAAGGUAUGUCCCCAUUACCUCCAGCCCCUUAAUUUUACAUACUGUAUGCUGCUCCUUAAGGGGCUUUAGUCGAUUUGGGGGCUCGUGGGCUUGGAAGCCCUGGCGUAUGGCCCUGACAACAAUUGCCAAUUAAUAUCUUGGGGCCCCUCACAUUCCUGGGCUCAUAGGCAUUUUGCCAUUGGUUUAUAUAGGUUCUUGGUUGGGCAUGAAACACUGCCGUAUGUUUUUUAAUUGGAACAUGAGAAUAGCCCUAAUAUUUCUCAUGGCUGUUUGACCAAAGAAAUUUACUGUGCUGGGAGACAGCAUUGCUAACUAGCUCAUUGUGCAGUGUGAGUGUCAGAAUGGUACUCCAAAUGUUGCUCCUUCAACUUCCACAGCAACCCAUUAUCUGCGCUCAAUCUUGUAAUGUUAAAAUGACUUUUUUUUUAAUAUGCAGUAUAAAACACCAAUUAGAUUUGUGUGUGCUAUAAUUCAGACAGUCAAACAAAAACAAAAACUAUAAGCGAAAUUUAAUUUUGUGAAAGGCAUUUUGGGUAAACAUGGUCAGUAAUAUGUUUUGAACCAGUGUAAUUGGUUUCUUAUUUCUUCCAAUUAGUAAGUAUACUUUGAAAACUAUGCCUGAUAACGAGACUGGGGACUUUUAUAAUGUUUCUAAUUUGGGAAAUCCAUGUCCGAGCGUUCUGGCAUCUAAUUUUAAUUUACUGCGCAUGGUCAUACCCAUUGCCAGCUAACGUCCAUGAGACAACUGUGAAUACAGUAGCAAGAACAUGUACAUAUCAUAAAUUUGUGAUAGAUGGGUUAGUUUCCAGAGUAACCUACCUUGCUCACGUAAGUUCCGCGAGACUCUCACAACUUGCGUGAGGCUUGGGAACCCUUUCAUUUGUUGUUGAUAAUUUUUUUUUUUAAUACUGCAGCUUUUCAGGAUUUGAACCUAGAUUUGGGAUUUGAAGGGUGAGCAUUUUAGCCUCCAAAGCUACAAAUUUAAUUCAGUUAAAGCUGUGUUUUAUUGCCUGUGCAAACUAUACCCAGGAAGUUGUUCCUAAAUAUAUGAAAGCUUUGGUGACUGAUUGAAAGGUUGAACAAAAUGCAAUGCAAUAUGUAUUUAGAUAUUUGUGCAAUUUGUUGGAAAGACUUAAGGGAGUGUGAAAGAAUUUUUUUUUUUUUUUUCGUUUUAUUUUUUUAAAUGUGUCCAUGUUAGUGCCAGUGGCGUAAUGAAAAGACCCAAGGCUCCGACUAAAUCUUAUUUGGGCCCUUCUACUUUUGAGGCCACAUAAGAACUCAUUGGGGUGGUACAGGGGGCUUUGGCAUUUUAAUGUUGUAUUUGAUGUUUGUUUGUUACACAGUUUGUUCCGUAAGGGGCCCUGUUUGAUGGAUUUUAGGGCCCAUGGUCCUGACAAAAACCAGAUUUAAUAUCUCAAGGCCCUUUAAGGUCUGUGACCCGGGAUUUAGCCAGUGAAGAGGUAUUAUGUCACUGGUUGGUACAAUAACAAGACAACAAAUAUAUAAGCUGGAAGGCAAAAUGACUACUGUAUAUUAAAAAUUGUUAUAUUUGAAAUACAUAUUCUCCAUAUAUAUCAGAGUAUAGGUUUAUUGUCUUCAGCAAUUUGUAACAAAAACAUGUUACCAAUUGUAUAUUUAUAUAUAAAAAUAGCACAUAAGAUGAUUGCACAAAAAAACAAUAUAAAAUAGAGAUAAUGAAUGAAACCAUGUUGUAUUCCAGCCUGGUAAAAUUUGUUUGCCUUAGGGGUACACGUAAGUAAGUGAUUGUCUCUACACAUAUUGGAAUUGUUUACAAAAAAAUGGCUAAAUGAAAUGAAUGAAUUUAUGAAUUAAUGUAUGAAGGAAUGAUCAAAGUAUUUAAAAACUUAAUGAAUUCCAUUAUAAGUAUUUCAAGUUUUAUAUACCUCAUACAGGUACAUAGAUUCUAGGCAUCUGAUUGGUUAAGAAGCGGGCAAUAGAAAGUACUAUUACCUUAUGGGAUAGUACUUUUUUGCCCAGCUGCAUGAUGUGCAAUCUCUAGGCCGCUUUGCUUUACAAUUUAUGACCCGCACGAACGGUAAAAGAAGAAAGUAGUAGCCUAAUAUGAGGAAUAUAAAACAAAUGUUGACUGCUCUAGAUCCAGAGAACUGUGAAAUCUAUAGCCCCCUCAUUUUGACUGCUUAUGAGGAAAAUGGUGAAAUAUAUUGCCCUGAGGUGAUGUGGAGACCGUCGCCUAUCUGCUUUCCUUCAGCCUUCACGAAGAUUGGCUAUGGUCUCAUCACCUCAGGGCAAUAUAUUUCACCAUUCCCCUCAUGAGCAGUCAAUAUGUAUUUGUAUAAUAUUAUUCUAAAGGUUUAAGGAGAGGUUGAUUGUGGAUUGUUUCUUAAUAGGGACUUGCCUCUAAAUUUUCUACCAGUGGUUACUUGAGAUUGUUUAAUUCUAUGAUGUUUAUAAAAGAUUUUAGUUACUACUUAAAGCCGGUUAGAAAUCAUCAAAUUUUUGUUCCUUAUUAAACCAAUUGUAUGUCUUUAAAGCUUUGUUCAUACUAUCAAAUUCUAUGCGACAAGUAACUAUGAUGUGCCCCGGGUGCAAUAUAACAUCAUGCCCAUAAUUCAUAAGUCAGGCAGUAUUCAACUUCAUCACAAAAGGUUUGAUCAAACAUUUUUAGUCUGACCAUGGACCAAGGUCCAUUGUCUGAUAAGCACAAAUCAGAUAAAAUAAAACUCCUAUUACUUUGUAUACAUAUUGUAUACAAAUAAACAAAAAUUCCUUUCACUUUUUUUUAUUUAAUGUUUAUUUGAAAAUUUAUUUGCUAAUUUAGUAAAAUAUUGUCAGUUAAUCUACGUACUUGAUAUAAUAUGGUUUGUAUUUUUUUUAUUUAUUAUGUUAGACAUUUAAUUACAUCUUUUGAUAAUUUAAUUAAAUGUGAAUGUUCCUGAUCGUUUUAUAGCAUUAUGGCAAUCAUAUUUUGAUUCAUUUUGUUAAAAAUGUUUUAGUAUUGAAAAAUUAUGAUGUUCACAAAAGUUAUCUUGAUAGAAUUCAUUGUGUAUCAUGUUUCUGUUGGUCGAGAACAGAAAUAUAACACAAAAAAAAUUGCAUAUAUUGAUAAAUGUUAACAUUAUAAUGGAAUCAAUGUUUUAAUAUAUGCUGUUAUGAUUGUGUUACAUUGUUAUUAUUAUGUUUGUUCUUUUAUGUAUAAUAAACUUGUUAAAUGGCUUCAAUACUGUUAUCUAUUAGAAUAUGGACUAAAGUAUUUUAAAUAAUACAUACUUGUAUAAAAGUAACAUUUAUUUUAAAGAAGAAAUUAUGAUUGUGUACAUAGAGUAGUAAUAAAAUACAUGAUGAAGCAAUGUGAUAAAGCUUCUAAAUCA